GCCUGCGCGUCGCCGCGAAGGACCUUCCUUGGCGCUGGAGCUGGGGCUGGGGCCGGACCCGCCGCGCCGCUUCCCGGGGCAGCCCGGUCCUCCGCGGUGGCCCGCACCACCGCCGGAGCUGACAGGAGUUGUCUUCUCCGUAGGGCCGCGUCUAGAGGGUGAGAGUUCGCGCUUUCCGAAGGAGCUGCGUCCGCCUCGGCCUCUCGAGGUCCCGCCGCACCCGAGAGGAUGGAGAGCCUCCCCCGAGGCCGCAGCAGGGCCCGCGAACCCACGCCAGCCAGCCCUCGUUAGUUGCUCGAAAUUUGCGUUUUAUCCGCCGCUUAGGCCUUGUCUCCCGAGCCAGUGGCUUCGUGGUUCCCAAGAAAUGGAAGAAAAGGAGCGAUGUGACCGAUUCCAUUCGGUCGUCUUGCCUUGAGGCCUGGUUGGCAUUUGCGGAGAGAAAAUACAACAAGAAAAUCGUUAGGUUUUUUUGGAGGGGGUGGAAGAAGGAAAACAAGGUCUUUGAUUUUACCUGGUUUUUUAAAACUUCUGCACUUUGACAGUGGCGGUGAAAUACGCUAAUCCAAAAGUUAUCUUUUUGUUGAGAACAGGGGGAUUAUUUUUCCUUUUGAGUCCAACCUUUUCUUCUCCCCGUGACAAAGCAUAAAUCAUGGACACCAGAAAGUAAGGUGGACCUCAGGAAUUCUCAAAAGACUGAGAAGCUUACAUUCCUCCUCGGGAGGGAAGGGUGGGGUGUUUUUAGCCCUCUCUGGAACCUAAAAGGAAAAACAUGAGUUGCGUGCCAUGGAAAGGAGACAAGGUCAAAUCUGAAUCAUUGGAGCUGCCCCAGGCAGCACCCCCACAAAUCUACCAUGAGAAACAGCGCAGGGAGCUCUGUGCUCUGCACGCCCUCAAUAACGUCUUCCAGGACAGCAAUGCCUUCACCCGGGAAACACUGCAAGAGAUUUUCCAGAGGCUAUCGCCAAACACCAUGGUGACCCCCCACAAGAAGAGCAUGCUGGGAAAUGGGAACUACGAUGUGAACGUCAUUAUGGCAGCACUUCAGACCAAAGGCUAUGAAGCUGUUUGGUGGGACAAGCGCAGGGAUGUUGGCGCCAUUGCUCUCACAAACGUUAUGGGCUUCAUUAUGAACCUGCCCUCCAGCCUGUGCUGGGGUCCCCUGAAGCUGCCACUCAAAAGGCAGCACUGGAUCUGUGUUAGAGAGGUGGGAGGUGCCUACUACAACCUCGACUCCAAACUGAAGAUGCCCGAAUGGAUUGGAGGCAAGAGUGAGCUCAGGAAAUUUCUAAAACAUCAUUUGCGAGGAAAGAACUGUGAACUCCUGCUGGUGGUACCAGAAGAGGUGGAGGCCCAUCAGAGUUGGAGGGCUGACGUGUGAUGCAGCCCCAGCCAGCCUCCCGCCACCUCAGCCUCCUGAAAUCCUCCGUGCUGUGCUGCGGCCUCUACCGUGGGUCUGCCCUUGCCACUUCCCCAAACAUCUCAUCGGGUUUUUUUCCCCCUCUGAUUUGACAGUGCAAUAGGACAGACAUGUGGACUGUUAGAAGGACCAACCAGCGUCACUUGCUCCUGGAAAAGGAAAGCAGGAGCUCUGUGUGCUUAGGGUGAGCUGUGGAGACCUUGGUUUUAUUUUAGAGAGGAGAAAGGAAGGUGGGUCUCAGCUGCCUCUCCCGGUUUCCGUGAGGGCUUGGCAGAGGCUCUGCUGGAGUUCACUGCUGCUCUGACCCCCGGGGGACGCUGCCUCCCCGUCCCCUUCCCUGGUAGCCGGUGAGUCUGAACACAGUCCAGACAAAGCCCAUGGGACUGGCUUGAAGGCCUCAGAGCAGAAAGGCCUCUCAGGAAACCAUCUCCAGAGCUGCAGCAGCCGCACAGCAUGCUAUCUCCAGCCCUCAAUGCCACCCUGACCCCGUUUUUAAGAGUGGUUUAUGGCCAUCCUUGAAGUCUGAUAAUGAAAAAGUUCUCUAAUAUUCCAUGCCGGGUGGUUGAAUCCUGCAAUAUUCUAACAUGACAGGGUGAGCUAGAUACCUAAGAGGAUGUGGCCAAAGCCAGGCUGGGGACAGGCAUGGACAGCCUGUCUGCCUCACUCCAGCUUCGUCCCUGCCACUUCACUGCACUGGUUAGGUUUGGGGACACAAGACAGGCCAAAGGGCGGUUUUCCCAGCUGACCUGCCCCGGCAAAAUCAGAAACAAAUAAGACUGCCUUCACCAUCAAAUUCUACUAGUUUGAGACAGCGUUGGGCAAGGGAAGUAUUGUGAAGCUAAGCCCUCAGAGAUUUGGAGCAGCUCAAAUUAGUAGAAGUCUUAGGCUUGGAGUCACUCUGGUGACCAGAAGCAGAGCCCUCACGUUGGGUAGAUAUGUGCAUUCUGCUUAGGACCUGGGUUUGUCAUCUCUGGAGGUUCCUUUACAGAUCAACUGAGAAUUGACCCUCCCCCCCCCACCCCCAACCUCUUUAAAUAGCUAUAGGCCACUUUUCUCCUGGUAACUUUGGAAAACAGAAGGAAAAGUGUUAGACUACACCGCCUGUCACCAAAGGGGCCGUGGUGGUCUCAAGGCAGGGGGUAGGCAGAGGUGGCCUGUUCAGCCCUUCACAGAUCAGUGGUCUUGGCAGGUGAGAGCUGCCCCACUGGCCAGACUCCUCUCCAGCAGCAGAGCCAGCCUGGGGCUUGCAUGUCCAGCCUGAGCAAGCUUAAUGGGACGAAGCUGAGGCUUUCUCCCCACUGACUGGAGUGCAUGUUUACACCAGCACUUUUUCUGCACAUGUAUCUUCAAUCCCACAAGGCCAGUUUUUUAACACUGAGUAACAGAGGCCACCAAGCAGCUACAGCGUUUCACCCUCUCAGCAAGUGGCCGCAGUGUCUUCUGCCCCAUUUUCUACACCAGACCUGCUUGGCACCACAGGGAGCUCGUCACCCCUGCACAAUGACAUUCCAACCACCACCAGCCAGAAGUUACAGCCAACCUUGCUGUCACAAGCAGGAACUUGGGUCCAUGGGCACUGUCAGUGAUGUAAGCCAUUUCCUGGGAGGAGGAGAGAACUCGCCACCAGUCUGCUUGGGCCCCUGCAGACGGCACUUCAAAGGAGUCCUCGUGUACUUGGAGACCAUAAGCCAAUGGGAUAUGCAAAGACGCUUAACCAUUUCAGGGCUGGUUCCUCUGUUCAUAUCCAAUUCUGGUGCUUAGGAACAGGGACCUAUGCUGAUGCCCAAGGGCAGAAAGCCCCACUUCCUUUAAGGAAGUGGGCAGGCCUGACCCUGAUGCCCAGUAAGGGGCAACCCUAGGCUUUUUGUUUUUUCUUGCUUUUAUUCCUUUUUGUUGGCCUUGUGCUGGGUUUGUUUACAAAAGAUGUAUUUUGUUUAACCAAAUAUUAAAAAUGGAAAACUCCAUACAUAAA